AUGGUUGUUAUUGAGGUCACAUACGAAGGUUAUCUGUAUGGGAAGGCAAAACCUAUUUUCCCUAUCGGUGACAACAUUCAGAUCGUGAAUCUGCCAGCCGACGGCUACGAUCCACCAGGUGGCCUCGCAGUCACCGUCACCGGCUGGGGCGCCACAGCCUCCACGGGACAGGAGGCGUCGACCACACUAAUGAAGGUGGACAUCACCGUCAUCGACCGAGCCAGCUGCGUGGCCAGAUUUGGCGUCACCGACCGCAUGAUCUAUGCUGGCGAGGCCGGCAAGAGCACCUGCAACGGCGACUUUGGCGGUCCGCUCAUCAGUGGCAGCACUCAGGUCGGCAUUAGCUCGUGGGCAAGCGAAGAAUGCGAGUCCGAUGGCGCAGUCUACACUAACCUCGGAAAUCUCCGUUGGUUUAUCGAUGGUGGCAUGGCAAUGGAGGAUCCUAAGGAAAACUGA